AUGGGUUCCCGAGGCUCGGGCGAGAUGAACAACAUCAUGAUGGAGGAGGAUGACCCGAUGGAUCUGGGUAAGCCGAUGAGCGCGGACGAGUUCCAUGACAGGUUCGACGAAGGCCGCGACCCGGGCCUGGGCUUCUACAGGCAUGACUAUGACUCCGUGCAUCAGUUGGACAACCUCGAGGAGGUCAUCGCGCAGGCGCUCCCGCGCGACCGUGGCGCGAUGGAACGGGAUACCGAGCGCGAGGGCAUGCCGCUAGAGACCGUCAUCCCGUACGACUUCGAUCCCAUGCGAGACACCAUCAUCAUCGACAUCCCGCGCGGGUACGGCGCCGCGUCGGGCAAGACCAUGGAGAUCAAGUGCCACAAGUUCAAGCCCGGCGCGGCUGUCGCCAUCCCGGUUCCGAAGUUCACGGCGGCCGGGGGCGUCGCUCAGGGAAGCGCCAUCGGGAGCGCAUCAGACUCGAGGACGAUGGGCACGACGUCCGAGGCGGAGCCCGCGCCGUCGACGACCGGAACCACCGGAACCGCCGGAACUGGCUCCGACGACGGGGACAAUGCGACGGCGGGGAAGAGCGUGCUCGCCUUGCGCGCCAAGUCCGCUACCCGCACCACCACGGUGUCGCAGCUGUGCACACACGGCAACUCCGCCUUUGACGACGUCGACCACACGACGGAGGAGUUGACGGAGUUCAAGGCGGAGGUGACCUUGAUGGACGAGCUCGGGCGGCUCAUCGACGGCGGCGGAGACAGUGACGGAUCGGGGGAUGGGGCGGGCGCGGUGAGCGGCGAGCCGCCGGGCGGCGGCGAAUCGGCGCAAUCCGGCCGGCGUUCGGCGCGGGAGGAUUCGAGCGCGGACGGCAUCUGGUUCACCGACAAGAAGGUGGACGCGGACCGAAGGAGGGACCGAGAAAGAGGGACCGAAGGAGGGACCGAAAGAGGGACCGAGAAGGUUGACUUUGGCGGCGACGCGGCGGCGGUGACGGCGGCGCGCGGCGAUGCCUCGACCCCGGGCACGGACGAGAGGAGCGUCUCGGAGACCAGGUCGAAGAGCAGGGCGGACAUGGACGAGAUGGGGGUCCCGCUCGAAGAUCUGGAGGGGUGGGUCGUCGACUCCCCCGCCAAGAAGGACGGGCUGAAGAAGAAGAAGAAGGAGAAGAAGAAGAAGAAGCUCACGUGGUUCUUCGGCAAGAGCUCGGGUUGGGGCUUCUUCGGGUCUGGAAAGAAAGGGGACUUGGACCCGCAGGGUCUGCACCUCAACGAGUCGGCGCUGGAGAAGAUGCAAAAAUCCGGCCGCGGCGAUACCCCGUCGUCGAGAAGGGCGAGCAUCGACGAGCCUAGACGGAACAGCUUCGACGGUUACGGGAGGCGAAGCGGCGAGUGGCGGGGGCCCGAUCCGUGGAGCGGGAUGAUGCCCCGCGCCGGUCAGCCGCCGGUGAAACGGAGCAGCGGCAAAUCCAUCGUCUCGCACGGCUCCUCCGGGUCGAUCGAAUCCCUGAAAGAGGCGCUCGCCGCGAGGCAGAACUCCUUCGGUCUGGUGCAACGCGCGGAUUCGAUGACGGUGCCCAACGGAACGGGCGGUCACGCUUUCAAGGUUGUCGCGUGCCAGGGUCUCACGGUGCAAGACGACCACGCCUGGAACGGGCGAGCCAGGCCGCGUUCCCCCGAUCGCGUCGCCAGGCCCAGCCAGGUGGACUCGAACGGGCGACGACGUAGCUCGCUGGACUCUGAGUCUGGGGAGGAGUCGGAACCCGUGGUGAUGCCCAGGUCCAACUACGUUCAGCGAAUGGAGAGGAAGGAGAGGCGGGAAACCUCCGCGGGCGGGGACGGUUCCGCGAUGCGACGACGCACGGGUCGCGCGGUGGACAAGAAGAACGUGCCGGGCGUGCUCUAUCUGGACGAUAUGCCCUUCGCCGAGGGUGGCUUUGCCAAGGUGUACAGAGGCGCGUUCAACAACGACGGGUUAUCAAUCGCCGUCGCCAUCAAGCAGAUGACCUACUCGCUCCCCGAGGGCGAGACCCCGACGUCUCUCAAGUUCUCCCGCGAUCUCGUCACCAGUCGCGACGAGCGGACCCCGGGCGAUAGGGCGCGAGACAAGCUGAGGGGGAUGGGGAGGUCGGCGACGCGCGAGGUUGAGAUUUCAAAGUUGUGCACCCACAGGAACGUGGUGUCGCACAUCAUGGAUCACACCGGCCCGUCGACCGACCCGGCGGACAUCGCCGAGGGUGCCACCAUACGGGAAGACGGCGAGGCGGAGCACGAGCCGUUACUCGGCAAGACGUCGCGCUGGAAAACGUACAUCAUCACCGAGUUUUGCAUCGGCGGUUCUCUCCGCGAUAUCCUUCGCCAGCCCGAGCUCGUCGCGGCUACCAAGCAGGUCAGGUCGUCCGCGGCGCAGCUGUGCGUGCUGAAGCAGGUGGUGGAGGGAAUGAAGUACCUGCACUCCAUCGGCGUCGUGCACAACGACCUGAAGGCGUCCAACGUCUUGCUGCACCCCAGCGGCGAGACCAACUGCAGGUGGAGCGCGAAGAUCGGCGAUUUCGGCAUUGCCAGACGGAUCCCGCCCGGUGCCGCCCGCGUGCCCCUGGACAUCAUGAACGGCACGGUGUCGCACAUGGCGCCGGAGCUGCUGAACGACAAGUUCAUGUCCCGGGCCACGGACGUUUACUCGUUCGGGGUGUUACUGUGGGAGAUUGCGGCGCAGGGCGAGACGCCGUUUUCGGGUAUCGACGCCGUGGACGUCGUCGCCGCCGUCGUCAAGCACGACCUCCGGCCAAAGUUUGCGGAGAAUGCGUUUUGGCCGUUGGUUCAGCUCGCCACGCGGUGCUGGCACGCGGAUCCGCACGAACGCCCGAGUUUCGAGCGGAUCGGCGUGGAUCUGUCCGCCUGGGAGCCGCUCGUGACGUUCCAGAGGGUGGAGAACGUGUCGUACAUGCCCAUCCGCGAGGGGACGGAGGGCAUGUCCGGCGCGGAUGCGACGCUGACGGAGGGCAUCGACGACAACGACUCGAAGAACCCCAGCCAGGCGAGCAGCGAGAUGCCGCUGAGCACGGCGAGCGUGGAGUCGCUCGAGGCGCACGCUCGAGAAUUACGCAUAGCGGGAGGGGAGAUGGUUAUGGGCGUGGCGCUCAUCGGAUUGAACGGAAUGGAUACCCUCAGUUCGCCUCGCAUCGCUCUGGCCGAAGCCGGUUCCCUCCGCUUCCGCUUCCCAGUCUCUCCCCACCUCAGCAGGGUCAACCUCGCCCUUCCCACCUCAUCCUUCGUGUUCGGCCUCCAAACCGCGUCGGCGGUGUCGGGCACGCUGGGGAGUCGAUUCUCGCCCUCCUCGCGGUCCUUCUCGCGAACCGGAGAGUUUGAACGCUUGAGCAUCGCCUUCAGCCUGGCCUUGGGGGGAACCCCCGCGUUCAUCGCGUGUACCGGGUGCUGA